AUGCAAAGAAAUCGUCAAACACAUUAGUAAAAUAAGUAUUUAUUUUUAAUAUUUGAGUUUAUAAAGGAAUCAAUAAGGUGAAUAAUAAGAAAAUUAAUAAGUUAGUUUUGAAUGUAUUUCUUUUUCAUUUUAUCUUAUGAUGGCUUUAAUAUUAAUUACUUUGAUUAUUUCAAUUUUUGCAGCUACUUAAAAUGAAGGAGAAAAAUAAAUAAUAUGCAUUUUAUUAACUUUUAUGUUAAUUGUUCUUUUAGGAUGUGUUUUGUACAUGUAGAUUUUAUACUCUGAUGCAAAUGAUAGAUAACUCAAACUACCUGUGGAAAAAUCAGUAAAUCAAUGGUUCUACUCAUGUACAUUUAUAUUUUUCUUUGAAUAUUCAAGCUCUUCCCAAUUUACUGCUAAUAAAUGGACAUAUAUUUAUAUCAUUAUUACAAUGAUAAUUCUUGCCUAAAAUUUUGUAGGUUAUACCUAUUCAAAAUGUUUUUUGAAAAAUUAAGAUACUCAGCAAUAACCUAGAAUGCUUGAGGAUACCUAUAAUUCUGAUUAAUAUUGUAUUCAAUAUUAUACACCUCCAAAAUUUGAAGGUCCUAUGUUAAUGCCACUAGGAAUCAUGUGUAUUAUUAUUUUUUCAUUUUUUGUUGGAUAUGAAGGAAUAAGUUUUAUUUCAAAAAUCAAUUAACUUGUUAGGUUUAAAUCCUUGCAAUCUUAUUAAUAUAUUAAUAAAUAUAUAAGUAAGUCAAAUUCUUAUUAAUAGAUAUUCCAAAAGUGAUUUUUAGAAGUAAAGCAUUAUGUAUAAUCCUUAUGAUUAAUAAUUUUUUAAAAUUAAUUGCUUUAUUAGUGAUUAUUAUUUUAACACCAAAUGACACUUCCUAUAUUUUAAUAGUAUCUAAUUUAAUUUUCCAUGUUACUAUGAUAUUAAUAAUUAUGGCAUUAUUAAAAUUUAUUGCUAAAAGUAAAAUUAUUUAUUAUAUGGCAAGUUGAUAUUUAAAACAAUAAAAUUGAAUUAUUCUUUAAUCAUCAAAUACUUAUAGAUGAAAUAUUAAAAUUAUAAGAAAUAAAACUUAGAUUACUUAAACUUCUAUUAGUUAUUAGUUUUAUUCUUACAAUAGUAGGUUAAAUUUAAUUUGUCAAGGAAGAGAAAAGUUAUUAUUAAAUAAUAAAUUAUGACAAUAUUAUUAUUUAUGAUUGUGCAAUAUUUUAACUAAUAAUAAAUAGUCUUAUCAUUUUGAAGUACUUAUUUUGUUCUUGUUUUAAUGGAAUUAAAAUUAAAUUUAGGCACUAAAAUAUAUCUUAGGUAAUGCAAGAUUCCGAAAUAUAUAAUUAACCACAAUAAGUUCUUUACAGAGAACAAUAACAUUAAUUUAUAGAAAAUGUAAUUCCAAGAGUUUAAAAUAAUAGAAAAAAGGCAAAGCUGGAACCAAUUUAAAAUAUAAAUAAUAGUUUUAUUUACUAAGUGGAACUUAAAAAUAAAGUAGAUUGUAUUAUUUGUUUGCAAUAAAUGCUUGAAAAAUCAAAUAAAGAUCCUAUAGUUUAGUUAAGAUGUCAUACGAGUCAUAUUUUUCAUAAGUUAUGCAUUACAGAAUGGUUGAACUAGAAUAAAAAAUGUCCUAUUUGCAACAAAGAAUUUAAAUGA